AUGGCCGCCAACGGUACCCAGGCCUUUGCGCCAGUACUGGCCGCCCUUCAGACCAUGCAAUCCAAUGUGGACCGCACACAGAAGGGCCAGGCACACGAGUUCCUCGAACAAUUCCAGAAAUCUAACGAAGCAUGGAACACAACCUUUAUGAUCCUGAACUCGCCCGAAGCCACUACCGAAUCAAAGCUCUUCGCCGCAACAACCCUCAAGGGCAAGAUCGUCUUCGACUUCCACCAGCUGCCUCGCGAAGCCCUGCCCGAACUACGCAACACCCUGCUAUCGCUGCUCGCCCAAUUCAGCCAGGGCCCGAAGCCUAUCCGCACACAACUAUGCGUCUGCCUCGCCAACCUCGCUAUCCAGAUGCUCGAGUGGAAGGACGUCUUACAGCUCGUCGUCUCCACCCUCGGCAACGACCCUAACGGCAUCGCCUGCGUCCUCGAGUUCUUGCACGUCCUACCAGAGGAAGUCACAGAAGGCAGAAAGAUCAACCUCACAGAAGACGAGCUUAGAGACAGGACGGUCGAGUUGUUGGAAGAGAACGGCAACCAGGUCCUCACACUGCUCAACCAGUACGCACAGUCGUCCGAGGCUGCCUCCAAGAACCCGCAGCUCAUGGAGUGCAUCACAUCAUGGAUCAGAGAAGUCCCGCUGAACGACAUUGUCAACUCGCCUCUACUGGAUGUCGUCAUGAACGCCUUGGAAGCUGACUCGUCCUUCGAGUCCAGUGUCGAGACACUUUGCGCCAUCUUCAGGGAAACAAGAGAUGUCGACGAAUGCAUGGCCAUCAUCAAGACCAUGUACCCCAGAGUCAUGUCUAUUCGCCCCAAGAUUGCACAAGUUGCCGAGGCAGAAGACUUUGAAAUGUUCAAAGGUCUUACACGCAUCUUUGCAGAGGCUGGUGAAGCCUGGGUCGUUCUCAUCGCUCGUCUGCCAGAAGACUUCCGUGACCUGGUCGAGGCUGUACUCGAAUGCGCUGCCAGAGAUACCGAGAAGGAAGCCAUUAGUAGCACUUUCAUCUUCUGGUACGAGCUCAAGCAGUACAUUACCCUGGAACGAUACAUGCAGGCUCGCAUGCAGUUCGUCGACAUCUACCUGAAUCUGGUCGACAUUAUGAUCGGACACCUCGAGUUCCCCAAGCCCGAGAGCGGCAAUGAUAACGACCUCUUCGAUGGCGAUCGCGAGCAGGAGGAGAGAUUCCGUGAGUUCCGUCACCAGAUGGGCGACGUGUUGAAGGACUGCUGUGAGGUCAUUGGUGUCACCGAGUGUUUGCAAAAGUCAUAUGUCAAGAUUGAGGAGUGGGUCAACACAUACGGUCCGCAAGCCAGCACAGGAAACGUCCCCGAAUGGCAAAAGCUCGAGGCUCCCCUGUUCAGCAUGCGCGCCAUGGGUCGCAUGGUCCCUCCGGACGAGAAUAUCAUGUUGCCCAGACUUGUGCCUUUGAUUGUUCAGAUCCCAGAUCAAGAAAAGGUCCGCUUCCAGGCUGUCAUGGCACUUGGAAGAUACACCGAGUGGACUGCUCAACAUCCUGACACUCUCGAAGCCCAACUCAACUUCAUCAUGGCAGCCUUCGAUCAUCCUUCCAAAGAAGUCGUCACUGCUGCUGCUCUGUCCUUCAGAUUCUUCUGCAACGACUGCUCUGAACUCCUCAAGGGCUUCGCCAACCAGCUUCAGACCUUCUACGAGACGGUCAUUAACAGACUACCACCUACAAGUCAAGAGGAAAUCACAGAAGGUAUGGCAUCAGUGCUCUCGAAACAGCCCGUCGACCAAAUCUAUGCCUCGUUCAAGAUGUGUUGCGACCCUGUCGUCAAACGUCUGAUGGACAUGGCUCAGUCUGCCACCAGCGAAAAGGAAAAGCUGGCUCUUGCGGACCACCUCAACCUCAUCACUAUCUUUGUGCAAUGGAUUCAACCAGAAAUUAGACCUGGCGAGCCGCAUCCUGCCGUGCAAUACUGUCAGGAGAUCUUUCCUGUUCUGGCUACCAUUGCCGACAACUUUUCCAACUUUACUCCUAUUCUUGAGCGCGUCUGUAGAUGCUGGCGUUACAUUGUGCUCUCCUACCGCACACAUACCGCACCGCUUCUUCCCAAUCUAGCGGAGAAGUUGGCAUCAGGUUUUGCCGCUUCUAGGCAAGGCUGCUUCCUCUGGGCUACCGACUCGAUCGUUCGUGAGUUCACCGACGAAUCAGAAGGCGUCAGCCCUGAGACGACACAAGCAAUCUUCAACUUCUACGUACAGCAAGCCACUACCUUUUUGCGCGCGCUCAACGACUUGCCCCCAGAGCAACUUCCCGACGUCAUUGAAGACUUCUUCCGCCUCUGUGUCGACGUACAGGCCUAUCACUCACGACAGUUUAUCGCGAACGAGCUGACCCCCACAAUUCUGUCUGCUGCCUCCACGUCGCUUACACUCCUCAAAGACGAGCCAAUCCUGGCGACUCUCCACUUCCUGCGCGACUUCCUCGCAUACGGCGGCGAGAACGCACCCAUCUCAACUUUCAGCGAAGAUCCUAAUCGCCGCCUGAACCCACCAGAGAUCCAAAACGCCGUCAAAACACUCACAUCCCAGCAAGGCGAGGUGCUCGUACAGCGCUUGAUGACAGGUAUGAUGUAUACCUUCCCUGCCGAUUGCUUCCCAGAUGCUUCUGGUGUAUUGCUCGCCAUGUUCCAAUUGAUGCCCGAGGCUACAGCAACAUGGACAGCAAGCACCGUCUCAAUGCUUCCUUCUGGAUCUAUCAGCCCGCAAGAACAGGAGCGAUUGUUGCGCAAUAUCGAGCAACGCAUUCAAUCUGGGGACACCCGCAAGAUCCGCACACUUCUGCAAGAUUUCACCAAUUCUUACAGGAGGAGAAACGUCGCGCCCAGAGAAGGCUUGGGCAGACUGGAAGCCGCGAGAUUCCGCUUUGCUGGGUAA